ACGUCAUAGCAGGCAAAACGGCGGGAAUUUCAAAAACACUUGUUAGCUACCCGCUGUUUCUAAAAUCUCUGUCAUCUGAAAUUAAAUGCAAUGAAUCAUGUGAAGAACAUAAAAGAGAUGCUGAGCAUCUCAACUGGAAACAGCAGAAAUGUGGCUACCAAUGGCUGCUCCAGUUUGACAGAUUCUCAGCUUUUCUUUGGGUCUCAAUUUUGGAUUGAAAAUUCCCAGAGCACAUCUCAGGAAUUCAGUUUGUCAUCCAAAAACUCACAACAAAGUUCACAAGAGGGGAGUGAUUUAAAGUUUGUAAACAGUUACCACACUAAACCACUCCUGUUUGGAGACUAUAAGGACAAAACCAAAACUUCUGGUUUACUGGGGAAAUUUGAAGAGGACAAGGAAAAGGCUAAAGAAAAAAAUGACAGUGAUAUUUUAGCCAAAGAAUCACAAUUAAUCAGAAAAACCCUGAUCACUAUUAAGCAACUGGUCACCAGUGCUGAAGCAAAUACAGCUGUGUGCCAAACAGUCUUUGAAAAAAUGCACAAUAUUGCAGCAACAUUGGAAAACAAUUUAAAGGGUCUUCAGAAUGACAUUUCCCAGAAGUUUGAGACAUUGGUAGAUAAAGUAAACUCCCAGAAACAAGUGUUGACAGAGCUGGAGGAAAGGGUGCAGAAGAAUGGGGACACCACAGCAGAGUUUGACUCACACCUACAAAGCCUAAAAAGUAGUCUGGAGUGUCUGAGAGAAAAGCAGGAAAGAGAGAGACACAUUCUCGAAGAAGCUUUGAAGCUGCUCAACACUGUCGUCUCUGAGCAUUCAGCCAAAACCAACCCUGAGAGAGUGAUGGACAGUGCCAUCCAGACAUCACCAAAGCUGGAGCAGUUUGUGUCCAACACCCUGCAGGAUGACCAAGUUGAAGGCAACGAGCUUACAUGUGCAUCAAACAACCGUGACCACCAUCAGGCCAAAGCUUUUCCUCAGGAACACAAGCAUGCCCUUGGAAGAAAGAAAAUAACUCUGAGCAGGAGAAGCAAAAAGAGACCCCUGGUGCCCCCACAGAGGAGAAAGUACACAGUCUCAGAUGAAAAUAGUCAGCCUGCAAAUAACUGCAACAAACAGCAGAAACUUUUGACACCUCUUCGUGAGCGUUGCAAUCAGAACAAAUUGACAAACAAGCUCAACCUCAGCUCAGACAGUCUGAUGCAACUGGACAGAGGUAGCAGAUAUGGUGAAACUUCAGAAUGUUUUAUCAACCCUGUAAGCUACUUCUCUCCGUACAGCAGCAGCCCUGAGUGCCUCACAGAAAUCGAACCCAUCUUGGAGACACUGGCAGGCCAGUCAAACGUGGCGAGUCCAGUUAAACUGGGAGGCCUGUGGCAGCUGUUCGAUUCUGACUUAGGGGAUGAGUGA